UCAUCGAGCCUUUCUCCUCCUCUCGUAGUUUGCCUCCAUUGUUGUUUCUGUUCCUCUUUCUCCUCUCCUUUCGCUCUUCACCGAGGCGAGAGGCGGAGCGAGCUCUCAAGGAUCUGCUGCUGGAAGGGUUUUAGCAGAAGUACUUGUUGAGUAGAUCCAUUAGCAGAAUUCUCAGUUUGGAAGAUAUGAUGGCUGAUCAGCCUCAGCACCCAACGGUCCUCCAAAAGGUCACUGGGCAGCUAAAUCUUGGAUCGAGUCUUUCCCAUAAUGCACAGGCAGGCCAGGGGGGCUUCUAUAGUCCGGCUCUGUAUCAGAGGCGUUUUGCCUCUGGUAACUAUAGCAAUGUUGAAUUGCAGCACCCAAUGAUGCAGUCAUGCAAUGGGAACAUCGAUCUGUCCAUGGUCACCUCUGCUGCUUCACCGAUCUUUGUCCAGGCCCCCAAGGAGAAAAACUUUACCAACUUUGCUAUCGAUUUCCUUAUGGGUGGAGUAUCUGCAGCUGUAUCCAAGACAGCUGCCGCACCUAUUGAGCGUGUUAAGCUUUUGAUUCAGAACCAAGAUGAAAUGAUCAAGACUGGUAGGCUGGCUGAGCCCUACAAGGGUAUUGGGGACUGUUUCAGCCGCACAAUGAAGGAUGAAGGGAUGAUGUCAUUGUGGAGAGGGAACACUGCAAAUGUCAUCCGUUACUUCCCCACACAGGCCUUGAACUUUGCCUUUAAGGAUUACUUCAAGAGGAUGUUCAAUUUCAAGAAAGACAAGGAUGGAUACUGGACAUGGUUUGCAGGCAACUUGGCUUCCGGUGGUAUGGCUGGUGCUUCAUCCCUGCUAUUUGUCUAUUCCCUGGACUAUGCUAGAACCCGUCUGGCUAAUGAUUCUAAGGCAGCAAAGAAAGGAGGGGGGGACAGACAAUUUAAUGGUCUGGUCGAUGUCUAUAGAAAGACACUCAAGUCCGAUGGUAUUGCUGGGCUUUACCGUGGAUUCAACAUCUCAUGUGUUGGAAUCAUUGUUUACCGUGGUCUCUACUUUGGAUUGUAUGAUUCUCUGAAGCCAGUUGUUCUCGUUGGAAAUAUGCAGGAUAGUUUCUUCGCUAGCUUUGCAUUGGGUUGGCUUAUUACCAAUGGUGCUGGUCUUGCAUCCUACCCGAUUGACACUGUUCGCAGAAGAAUGAUGAUGACCUCUGGUGAAGCUGUCAAGUACAAGAGCUCAUUCGAUGCAUUCUCACAGAUUUUGAAGAAUGAGGGACCCAAAUCUUUGUUCAAGGGUGCAGGAGCAAACAUUCUCCGUGCAGUUGCGGGUGCUGGUGUGCUCGCUGGUUAUGACAAGCUGCAGUUAAUCGUUUUUGGAAAGAAGUACGGUUCUGGUGGCGGCUAAUUUAAUGGUAUCGCUAAAUACCAUACCUUUUAGCUAUGGUGAUGAAAAACUUAAUUGAGUUCCUGAUGAGAAUUUGCCUGAGCAAAUUUUUGUUUUUCUUGAAUAAUGUAGUUUCAGUGGAAGAGAUUGAGAGGGAGUUGCUCCCAAACGAUUUCGGUUGGAUUCUUUUUGGUUGCCAUAAACUUGAUACUUAUCGGAGAAGUUGCAAGGGAUGUCUCCGAGAAUUUCAUGAUUUUCAAAAAGAUAUUUGUAAUUGCGGUUACUUUUUCAUUAAAAUCGGUAGACUUCCUAAA